AUGAAUAUACGUAUUUUUAACUAGGCUAUUGAGGUUGUAAAUACAAAAUUUCCUAAUUCAAAAUAUUUAGAAUACAGUGAUUAUUGUGAUGUUUUCAACCCAAUUUUGGAAAUUUGGACAUAACCUGUAUUCUCGCUCUUGUCUUCUAAAUCAACAUUAGAAGGAGCAAACGACAUUUAUGAAUCAUUAGCUGUUUUGGUAAUAUAAUGAAUUAACUGAAAGACAAUAUUUAGCGAUGAAGAAUAAGAACUUAAAUUAUAAUUCAUAUUCUAAUUAUUCGAUACAGAUAAGUCAGGUGAAAUAGAAAAAACUGAACUAAUUGUGGCUUUAGAGACUUGUAUUCGUGGUUUAUGUAAGUUAGUUUAUUUACCUGCUCCUUCAAUAAAAGACAUCGAUUUUUAUGCAGAACGAUUAUUUCUAGAAUUAGAUANUCAUAUUGUAUAAAUAUUAUACAAUCUUUUUCUAUUCAAACAUUACUAAUCUCCUUUAAUCCUUUUUCUACCCACUCUAUUCAUUUCUUUUUUAAUCCUAUUCAUAUUUAAUCUCUGUUCUCUAAAAUCCCUUCAAAUCUCUAUUUCCCAAAAAUAAUCCUUCUAUUUUUGA